AUGGCUUACUCCCUGCGGAUGCCUUUCGUGACCUGGAUCCUCUGUGUGUUGCUCUGGAAUACGCCCGUAGCCAGAGGGAAGAAGGUGGAUGAGUUGCUGAAGCGACUCGAACUUCUGGAAGCCAAGGUGGAACAGGUCGCUCAGCCAAGCAAUGAGCAGACAGAGGUCUUCCUGACCAAGGCGGAGGUGCAUCAGCGCUUUGAACUCUUCUAUGCGGCACAUGCCAAGGAGCUUGCGCGGAUGCAGGACCAACUUGAAGAGCUUCGCGCACAGAUGCGAAGUUUGCAAGAAUUACUGCUGCAGAAAGCUGAUGCCAAUGAAGUCCUGACUGCUGCACAGAUCCACCAGCGCUUCCGGCUCUUUGCGGAGGCGAUGCCGGCGAGCAAGGCCGCGGCCGAGGCUCCGCAGACCGUAAGUCUUGCGACUGCGAGGUGUGAGACGCCCUGUGAAGACGUUAUGUCCAGAGCAGAAGUGCACGAACGCUUUCGCCUUUUCCAGGCGUCACUUGCCGCGCAGCCGGUGCAGGUGUCGGAUGCGCAGAACUGCGCAUGUACAAAUUGCACAUCUCCCACAGUCGAGGCUGAGGUGCAAGAGGUGCCUCUGCGCGCUGAGAGCAGUUGGAUCGGCUGGCUUUUCAGCACCGGCAUCAUGAGUGCCGGUGUCAUGCUGGGUCUCAUGAGCCUUUGCGUGGCGCUGGGGGAGUCGAAGGCUCUGGAGGAUCGCCUCAAUCUUCUCCAGGAGCGCGUUGAGGACGCCAAGGGCUUCCGCGCCGAGUCCAGCGCCUUGGUGGCGGAGGCUCCGCACCUGGCGAUGCGCGGGAAGUUGCUGUCCGGGGCGGCAGGCGCAGCUGGGAAAGGUGAAAAUCUAGGGGAUAAGGGGUAUACUCACGGUGAAUAUAUGGGAAAUAUCUGGUGA